CUUACAAGCCACCGAUAUCCCAUCAAUACCACACAUCCUCACCACUCUACUACAACCUCACUAACUCACAAAGCAACCAUGGCAUCCCAAUCCUCCGUCGAUCACUCCUUUCGCGCCUUCGUCGAGGCCCUGAAGGCGGACGGCGACCUGGUCGAGAUCAACACCGAGGUGGACCCCAAUCUCGAAGCCGCAGCCAUCACUCGUCUCGUCUGCGAAACCGACGACAAGGCGCCCCUGUUCAACAACCUCAAGGGCAUGGGCAAGCACGGCCUGUUCCGCAUUCUGGGCGCCCCGGGCUCUCUGCGCAAAUCCCAGAAAGACCGCUACGGGCGUCUGGCGCGUCAUCUGGCCCUGCCCCCGACGGCCAGCAUGAAGGAGAUCCUCGACAAGAUGCUCUCCGCCAGCACGAUGCCCCCCAUCGAGCCGACCAUUGUGGCCACCGGCCCGGUCAAGGAACACUCGCUCGUCGGCGAGGAGAUCGACCUGACCAAGCUGCCCGUGCCCAUGAUCCACCAGUCCGACGGCGGCAAAUACCUGCAGACCUACGGCAUGCACGUCGUGCAGUCCCCCGACGGAAGGUGGACCAACUGGUCCAUCGCGCGCGCCAUGGUGCUCGACCGCAACCACCUGGUGGGGCUGGUGAUCGAGCCGCAGCACCUCUGGCAGAUCCACCAGAUGUGGAAGCAGGAGGGCAAGGACGUGCCGUGGGCGCUGGCGUUCGGGGUGCCGCCGGCGGCGAUCAUGGCCUCCUCGAUGCCCAUCCCCGACGGGGUCAGCGAGGCCGGAUACGUGGGGGCCAUGACGGGUCGCUCGCUCGAGCUGGUCAAGUGCGACACCAACGGGCUGUACGUGCCGGCCAACGCCGAGAUCGUGCUGGAGGGGACGCUGUCGAUCAGCGAGUGCGCCGCGGAGGGCCCCUUCGGCGAGAUGCACGGCUACGUCUUCCCGGGCGACACCCACCAGGGGCCGGUCUACACCGUCCACAAGAUAACCUACCGCUCCCACCCCAUCCUCCCUAUGUCCGCCUGCGGCCGCUUGACUGACGAGACCCACACUCUAAUCGGCGCGCUGGCGGCGGCGGAGAUCCGCAAGGUCUGCCAGCAGGCCGGGCUGCCCGUCACCGAGGCGUUUGCGCCCUUCGAGUCGCAGGUCACCUGGGUGGCGUUGCAGAUCGACACCACCCAGCUGCGCGGGAUGAAGGUGACCGCCAAGGAGUUUCAGAAGAAGGUGGGCGAGGUGGUGUUCAACCACAAGGCGGGCUACACGAUCCACCGGCUGGUGCUGGUCGGCGACGAUAUUGAUGUGUAUAAUGGCAAGGAGGUGCUGUGGGCCUUUUCCACGCGCUGUCGGCCCCACGCCGAUGAGACUUUCUUCGACGAGGUGCGCGGGUUCCCGCUGAUUCCGUACAUGGGCCACGGCACCGGCUCACCCGUCCAGGGGGGCAAGGUGGUCUCUGAUGCCCUCAUGCCGUCGGAAUAUACGACCGGGGCCGACUGGGAGGCGGCCGACUUUGAGAACUCGUACCCGGAGGAGCUCAAGCAGCGGGUGCGCGCGAAGUGGGAGGAGAUGGGCUUCCGCAAGCUGGAGUAGACUGACGGGUUGGAUGCGGUUUAUCUCGGUAGAAGUCAAUGGAUUGUAUGGUGCUGGUUUCUGAUACCGUAAUUCACCAUGACAUCCCUCUUCAGCCUGCCGCCGGGAGGGUUCAGGAUCACAGUCUACUGUGGGUUUC